AUGAAAAACAAAAGACCUAAAAAAGGGCAGAAACACAACGAGAAAUCUAAAGAAAUAACACACAAAAAUAUUGGUACAUACCUCAAACUCUUUGAUUCGCAUCUCAUCCCGUCUGUUGCGCUUGGUGAUUCGAAGGUUUUCUACCUGAAGAUGAAAGGUUAUUAUCAUAGGUAUCUUACUGAGUUUAAGAGCGGCGCUGAGCGUAAAGAUGUCGCUGAAAGCACUCUCACUGCUUAUAAAUCUGCUCAGGACAUUGCAAACACUGAGUUGCCUCCAACUCAUCCUAUCGGGCUUGGUCUUGCUCUGAACUUCUCUGUGUUUUACUAUGACAUUCUCGACUCUCCUGACAGGGCUUGCGGCCUUGCAAAACAGACUUUUGAUGAAGCUAUUGCUGAGUUGAAUACAUUGGGAGAGAAGUCAUACAAGGAUAGCACUUUGAUUAUGAAACUUCUCCGUGAUAACCUCACCCUUUGGACCUCUGAUGUGCAGGAUGACGGUGCUGAUGAAAUCAAAGAAGCUGCACCUAAAGGAAAUGAUGAACCACAAUAA